AUGAUACUUAAAAAUGUUAAACGUGAAGUUGUUUUUAAUGAUUUAAAUAAAUAUUUUAUUGUUGUUGAUGGAUUUAAAUAUGGAGCAGAUUACAUUUUGUAUAAAAAUAGCAUUGGACAUGAGCACGGAUUUGCUUUAGUUUUUAUAAAAGAUAACGUGAUUUUAAAUGAUAAAGAAAAAAUUAUAAUAGUUAGAAUAUGUGAAAGUGUUAAAAAAAAAGCUAUUAUUGCAUAUGUUAAUGAAGAGACUUUGGAAAUUAGAUAUGAGGAAAUAUAUAGGAAAUAA